AUGCAUCUUGGGAUCCGCAAGUCCCGAGGGCCGCGGCGGAAUUGCCGAAAGGCCAUUGGCCAAACAUCACUUGAGCGGAGGCCUACUCACUCAAAGCUGAGGCGUGUUCCCACUCCUCUAAAUAUCUGGAGCACUGGGUCAGAUCCAUCUGAUAUAGCGAUACCCGAUACCAGCUUUGAUAACUGCGAAGAGGAAAUAUACUCGACCCCUGACAAACAAAGAAGGGAGGAUGUUGUUCAAAUCAAAGCAUCCGGAAAUUCACCCCAUAUUUCCGCCCGAAAAAUUGGCGGGUUACACGAAUGCUGUGACAAAGGAGAGGGUCAACUGGGCCCAGGUCAAAGAAUGCGCAACGUAUGUGAGUACGGCGCUGGUGAAAAAAUAUGGCCUGCGGGAGGGACAGGCGAUUGCGCUCUUUACUCAGAAUACAAUUUGGUAUCCAGUGGCCAUGUAUUCCACCAUAAGAGUUGGCAAGUCUAUUCUCUAAGAGCCUUUACUUUUGAAUGCACUGUGCUGAUUUCGAACCGUGCAGGCUGUAUGGUGGCCGGUGCCUCGCCUGCAUAUAACGUUGAAGAAAUGACAUAUGCGCUGAAGACGGCUGAUGCAAAGUUCUUGAUGACCAGCCCUGGGUCUAUUGAAGUUGCUGCUGCUGCGGCCCAGAAAGUUGGUAUCCCGCGGAAGCAUAUUUUCUUGCUCGAAGGAGAAGUCCAAGGCUACACCACCUUCAAGCAACUUCAAGAUAUUGGAAGAAGCUACGGCGAAAAUGGUCAGGCACCACCUUUUCAACUUCCAGUUGGAAGAACGAACAAGGGAUUAUGUGGCUUUCUCAACUUUAGUAGCGGGACUACUGGGCUACCAAAAGCUGUCAUGCUUUCGCAUCACAAUGUGAUUGCACAAUGCAUGCAACUCAAAGCAAUCACUCCACCUGUAGGUCGCAAAACAGUCAUGGGUGCCCUACCCCUUUUCCACAUCACUGGCCUUGUCAAAUUUAUGAACUGCCCUAUGUUCUUCAAUGACGAGCUCAUCAUGCUGCCGCAGUUCAACAUGGAGCUCAUGCUCCAAACCAUUGUUGAAUACCAGAUCAGUGAACUUGUCCUCGUCCCACCACUUGUGAUUCGCCUUGUUAACGACCCUGUCGCAUCCAAAUACGAUCUUUCAUGCGUUAAACGGAUUUCCUGCGGUGCAGCACCACUCAGUGAACAGAUUACCCAACUCCUCCAGCAAAAGUUCCCGCAGUCCGGAUUCAAACAAGGCUAUGGAAUGACUGAGUCAUGCUCAUGUAUCACAAGCCAUUCACCAAAAUACUACGAUUACAAGUACGCGAACACAGUCGGGGACAUCGUACCUUCCACCUCAGUCAAGAUCAUAGACGACAACGGCAAAGAACUUGGAUACAACCAGCCCGGUGAAAUCAUUGCCAAGGGGCCUCAAAUCGCUAUGGGAUAUCUCGGUAACCCCACCGCUACUGCUGAAGCGUUUGAUACAGACGGUUUCCUUCACACAGGUGACAUUGGUUACAUGACUGAAGAGGGUCUUAUUCGUAUCGUUGACCGUAUUAAGGAAAUGAUUAAGGUCAAAGGUAUCGCCGUUGCACCCGCUGAACUGGAGGAUCUACUCCUGGGUCAUCCGGACGUGGCGGAUUGCGCAGUAUUGGGGGUUAAGGACGACUAUGCAGGCGAAAAGCCAAAAGCGUAUGUUGUCCUGAGAGAUGGGCUCAGUGUUUCGGAGGAAAUGGGGAAGAAAUUGAUGAAGUAUGUAAGCGAGAGGAAAGUGAGGUUCAAAUGGGUGGAGGAGAUCGAGUUUACGGAUGCAGUCCCAAAAAGUCCAAGCGGAAAGAUUUUGAGGAGAGUGUUGAGAGAGAAGGAGAGGAGCGGAAAGCAUAGAGGAUUUACGGUAAAGAGAGAUGGCUGGGAUGGGCAACGGGCAAAAUUAUGA